UGUGUGUGUGUGCGUGUGUGUGCGUGUGUGUGUGUGUGUGUGUGUGUGUGUGUUUACACAGACGGGAAUACAGCACCAAAGGAAGUGCGCCGGUUCUCCGUCUGAGCGUCCCGACUUCCUGCUCUGAGGCAGGACAGAGAAAAGCUGCGGAUCCGCUUUCAGACAGCAGCAGCAGCAGCAGCAGCAGCAGCAGCAGCAGCAUGGGGUUCCAUAGAUACACACACACACAGCUUUAAGGCGCAAUCAGAAACAUCAGGCAGGACAGACGGACAUCGGAGCAGUUACAUCCACAGCUGGAUUGCCUGUCUCUGGUAUUUCUGUUGGCAUCCUGUCAUGGAGAGUUCAAUCACUCUCUGGCAGUUCCUGCUGCAGCUGCUGAUCGACCAAAGCCACAAACAUCUCAUCUGCUGGACGUCCAAUGACGGCGAGUUCAAGCUGCUUAAGUCAGAGGAAGUGGCCAAGCUGUGGGGGCUGCGCAAGAACAAGACCAACAUGAACUAUGACAAGCUGAGCAGAGCUCUGCGCUACUACUACGACAAAAACAUCAUAAAGAAGGUAAUCGGCCAGAAGUUUGUCUACAAGUUUGUGUCGUUCCCGGAGAUUCUGAAGAUGGACCCUGCAGUGGUGGAGUUGGGACGCAGCAGUGAGGAGGGUGGAGGUGCGACGUCAGAGCCUGAGGCUGACGAUGAGGACGGGGGAGGGAGAAAUCAAUACCUCCAGUCAGGCCUGUACUCCUCCUUCACCGUCAGCUCUUUGCAGCAUUCCUUAGAACCGCACCAGCUGAUAAAAGAGGAGCCCAGAUCUGAUCGGCAUGACGACAGCUCCUCUGUCAUCCGAUUCGUGACAAACCGAGGCCACUCCUCCCUUCCUCCCACCCCUCCCCCAUCCUCCUCCGAGACGUCCCACUCCUCCAGGCCAUCGCCUCGCCAGGCCCGCUCUUCCUCCUGCUCCUCCUCACCACCACAAAGCCCCGCCCACAACCUGUGGAGGGGACGUUGCCUGAGCACAGACACUGAUGAGCUGGAGUACAGCGCUCAGCCCCUUAACCUGUCAUCUGGUCAGAGGGAGAGAUUGAGGUCACAGAGCACAUCGACACCAGAGAGGAGGGGACUAGCAAAUAACUUACCUUUGAGAUUGAGAAAACCCAAAGGCUUGGAAAUCUCCGCCUCCCCUCUCCUCCUGACAGGAAAUGACCUGGUCUCCAUAGCACUCAACAGCCCAGCGCUGCCUUCAGGGUCCAUGACCCCUGCCUUCCUCACCGCACAGGCGAGUGGAGUGGACGGGGAGAAAAGAGAAGGAGAGUGUGUUUCAGGGAUGAGGAAAGUUAAGCUUGCAGACUGGGAGGAGAUGGAAAGAGGUGAGCGGAAAGAGGGGAGGAGGCGAUCGAGGGAGGGAGGAGGUUCAUAAGUGAAGCCAUAUGUUCCUGACGCUCCUGAGUCACUGGCAACAACACACUGACCAAACGAGGACAGUCUGCCUACAUUCAGUCGACGCUUUGAUCCAACAUGAGCAAUGAUGGGCUGCUGAGUUUACAGAACAGAAUUAACGGAAAAUAUCAGUGUAUGCUAAAGCGGUAACUCAUCACUGAACCUUUUGCAUGAUUGAGUUUUUGAGGAAACACCUGAGUUGUGGAAGAGUAACCAGGACCUUAUACAGAACUUACCAGAGUGCAGAUGUGGUUCCAGGUUUUGUUCAUUAAUGAAGCUGCUGUUGUUGUCCAGGUGGUGUCAGCUGCUGCUUUUUUGUGUGGCCUUAACUGGUAUUUUGCUCAAGCAUUGAGAUUAAUCAGGAAUACUCAUCAAAACGUUAAGUGUUUUCACUUAUUUAUAACUCCUGGAAAAUGUCCAGGGGUGAGCUGCAUGUGUAAACGCAAACCGCCAAAUUCUUCAUCCAGACUUUACCUGAAUUUCUUUCCUGCCAGCUCCCUACUGUAGUAAAUUUGAACGCAGAAGGAAAUAUUCAGGAAAAUUCCCCGUGUGGGAGUGGGUUAAACGUUUUUUAAGCUGCUACCGGCGCACUACCUUUGCCAUCUCCAUGCAUGUCAUUAAACCUCUCUCAUUAAAUGUUCUGUUCCCCACUCCCUCGCUCUUUUGUUGAUACUGUGAAUUUGUCAACUGAAUGUAGCAUUGACAUAAAGGCGAAAACUAUCAUCAAAGCGUUGAACUCUGUUGCUUCGCUUGUCAUUUCCGAGCCGUUCUUUUUCCAUCAUGUCCUGCCUCUGAGACCCCCCCCCAAUCUGGAAGGGAUAGACUCCCACAGUGAGGUUGCAUGUUUGACCAUCUAUGGAUUUCAGGGGCGCUCUGUCUGGAAAUUUCAGGAGUGUACAGUAUGUGUGAAAAAUGCCAUUGAAACUGUUUUAAACCAGCAAGAGUGACAGAGUGAUGAAACCAAGAACAUUUGGGAGAGAAAAAUGUCCAGACUUAAAAAUGUACUGACCAUGAGAUAUAGUCUGAAGGAAACCCCGUAUUUCUUGUGGGAACAUUUUUCAAACUGCUUCCUGCAAUAAAACCACAUAAACUUUU